CCCAUAUCAACCAUCGUGCUCCUUACAAUCUCAUGCUCCAGACCGUACGUGUAUGUUCCGUGAGGAACUUCAACACUGUCCGGCCAAGUCACCUCGUCUUCGCCCGCCCCAACACUCCUCCCAUCACCCCCCGUCGCACCUUCGUCGCCAUGCCCGGCCAUCCCACCCUCAUCAAGCCCCCUCCGCCCUCCAAGAACAAAUCGGCCAUCGAAGAUGUACUGGAACUCACCUCCCUCAGCGACAUCGAGCCGAACCUCUUCACCAACACCCGGCCCCUCUGGCACCCUCCAGGGGCGCGCGGCAUCUACGGCGGAGCGGCAAUCGCCCAAUGCCUCGCAGCGGCACAGCGCACCGUCCCCGAGAACUUCACGGUGCACAGCAUGCACUGCUACUUUGUGCUGAACGGCAACUCGGAAGUGCCGAUCGUCUACCACGUCGAGCACGUGCGCGAGGGCCGCAGCUUCUGCACGCGCACUGUGCAGGCGCGGCAGCGCGGGCAGCCCAUCUUCACUACUACGCUGUCGUUCAUGCGCGAAGGCGCGGGCGGGAAGAAGGAGAUUAGCCAUGCGCAUCCCAUGUCGAAGGACUUGCCGCCGCCGGGGGAGAAUGACGAGGGCGAUGCGACGCGCAGCGGCGAUAGUCCGUUUAUCAGCCAGCGGGUGCAGAUCCUCAAUAACGAUUCCCCUGACCUGCAUACCAAGCGUAGCAGGCAAUGGAUCAGGGCGCGCGGACGGAUUAGCGACGAAGGCGGCUACCAGGCGCACUGCAGCGCGUUGGCAUACAUGAGCGACUCGUACUUCAUCGGAACUGUAGCACGCGCACACAAGCUCUGGCGCUACCGGACAGACAAGAAAGGCCCCAACGGCGGGCAGUUCAACAUGUCGCCGCAAACGAUCCGCGAACUCAAAGCGAAAGGCGAAGAGAAGCUGCGCGAGACGGGCGUGGACGACGACGUGAUUACGCAGCUGCGCGGCCUGGACGUGAACGAGAAGGACGAGGUGGUGUUUACGCAGGAGCAGCGGCCGGAGAUUGGCAUGAUGGUGUCGCUGGAUCAUAGCAUCUACUUCCACAACCCGCGCAGUUUCCGCGCGGACGAGUGGUUGUUUACGGAGAGCGAGACGCCUUGGAGUGGGGAUGGGAGGGGCUUGGUGAUGCAGAGGAUGUAUACGAAGGAGGGCCUGUUGGUCGCGAGUUGUGUGCAGGAGGGAGUUGUGAGGCUUCGACAGGAUACGCCGCCUUCUAAGCUGUGAAGGUGAUGAUGAGUGUAUGCAAUGGGUCGUCAGGUUAGAGAAAUCUAGACACGAGGUAAACAUGUAUUGCUUCAGCGUGCUGUUGCCCGGCAUGGAAA